AUGCGUGAUUCAGAUCCUCGCCAUCAACACGACAGCUCGCAGUGCAUGCAGAUCAACGCUGAUGCUAAAGACUACAAUUCAUAUGUGAAUCGCUCAUUUGUCAAGGCAAGAAAUUCAGACUGGGACCGAGCACUUGAUGAUGCACUGAAGAGCAUCAGUAUUCAGCCAUCCUUGAUGGGCUGUAUCUCCAAGGGCAUCGUCCUCUGUGGAAAACGACAAUUUGAAGAUGCGAUGAAAGUGUUUGAUAUCGCUGUAAAACAACAAUACAGAGAGGAACUAAUGAAGCUCCUGACUGUAUCUGUAAAUGUUGUAAGGUCGCGCGUUGCCUAA